AUGGUCCAGGCAAAUGACCGCUUCGAUCGAUACCUACAAUGGCUAUCUGGACCCCAAAAAGAAACAAGCAAGACAGCGGUGCUAGGUGGGUUUCCAUACCUUCUAGACGGUACAGUCGCUUCUGCAUAUAGAAAGCUUGCCAGAGAGAUCGACGCUCUCCAGGUUCCGAAGGAAGUCAAGGAAACAACCAAGUUAGCAGUGGCAGCUCACUAUGGAGCGACAGGAGAGAUUGCUUGGCUAUCCAGCCAAAUCAAAGCCUUGACGACUUCACAAGUGGACUCCAUUAUCCGGCGCACGAAACCUACCACUUUGACUCUGGCGGGAAGCGCGGCGUACGAUGCUGUCACGUAUCUGGUAGGCACACCAGGACCAUUGCCACCUCAGUACUGGGAGACGUGUGUCGAUACAUUGGGGAAAAGUGGAACCAUUGGAAUUCUUCAUCUCGUUGGCCUGAACAUCGGAGCUUCCAUGAUUUCGAAUGCUAUUGAUGCCCCAAUAAUCAGUGUUGAGGAGUUGUCUGCGGUGAAAGAGGAUUGA